GUUCUGUUUCUCUCUCUCAUCUGUGUUUUUUCUCUCUGCAAUUUUUUUUCCCAAAUUUCUCUUGCGUCCAAUCUCUUCUGCUCCGAAAUUGGCCUCUACUCUGUCCGCGACGCAAGAUCUUCUGAUUAUAUACAAUUUCGAUUGAUAAUUUGGGAGCUUUUAUUUGGUUUUUCCACUUGCAAAAUUCCGAGUUAAAAGCGUAAAUGCUCGAAGCAAUGGAAACUUCCGUUAAUGGUGGCUUCACCCAGUUGCAGAGCUGCGGAGACAGUAGCGAAGAGGAGCUAUCUGUGCUCCCCCGUCAUACAAAGGUCGUCGUAACCGGGAAUAACCGUACCAAAUCGGUUCUUGUUGGUCUGCAAGGAGUGGUCAAGAAGGCCGUUGGCCUUGGCGGGUGGCAUUGGCUGGUUCUUGCAAAUGGUAUUGAAGUAAAACUACAAAGGAAUGCCCUUAGUGUGAUUGAAGCACCCACCGGUAAUGAGGAAGAUGAUGAACUUGAAUUCGAAAAUGCGCAGUGGAAUGGAUCAGAUAUGGCAUCGGAUGACACUCAAAAGUCCCACAAAUCGAGGCACAGAAUGCAAAGAUCAUUGGGAUCAUCUCACAAGACUGUCAGCAGGUCCCUCUCGGGUGAUUCACAGACGAAUGGAUCCAUUUCUACACCUCAGCGGUCCACUAAGGUUGAUUUGAGCAAACUGGAAAUGGCUGCAUUGUGGAGAUACUGGCGACAUUUUAAUCUCGUGUAUUCCGCCCCAAACCCUUCAAAAGAACAGCUAAUGGAUGUUGUUGAGAGGCAUUUCAUGUCACAGCAAAUGGACGAGUUGCAGGUGAUUAUGGGAUUCGUCCAAGCUGCGAAGAGGCUGAAGACCAUGUGCAAAUGAAAUGAGAUGAAUUAAAAUGAUGAGAAUUACAUAUAAUAGCUUAAUAUUGCAUAUGCUGACACGGAUAAUGGGACCUAUUUAUCUAUGUUCGCUUCCCUACCUGCCUGCCAUGUAACAUAUAUGUAUGUGGUUUGUAUGUUUCUCAUCUGUGUAAGAUGUAGGUCAAUAUGAGUAGCUAUAGAGGCUUUUUUCCCCCUCUUUUGUUGGAUAGCCUUGUUAUGUAAAUAUGUCAUCCUGGGGACGACUGGAUGGUUAGGGAAGUCUUAAUGACUAUUUUCUCCGUGAUUCAUUCAUUGUGUCGCUAACCUGGAAGUAGCUCUCGUCUGCUUUAUCCGAA